GCAAAAACAUGAAUGUCUACCUAAGAUCCUGACAACAAAUGUCAAAUGGAAGAAGAUUCUGUAUCCAUUGACAUCAAUGCAGAUCCAAGGUUUCAUAGGACAAACAAAGAAUCUGUAUCAGCAAUGCAGAAAAUAAAUGCAUAUAUAACUUCAACACAAAUUGGAAUUGGAUUUCAAUCUAGUAUCACUAUUCACAACCCACCAUGGCGGCGCUGCGAUUCUCCACCACCACUCACCCACACCACCCAUCGCCACCACCGCUCCUCCGCCGCCACGCUUUCCACAAAAUGCCCACCAACGUGCUUCACCCCAACCCUCGCCGCAAACCCUUCAUCGCCGCCACCAUUUCCAAGCCGGCAGAGAUAACACCUUCACCCUCUUCUUCUUCCGCUGCUGUCGGAGAUCAUUUGUCGUCUCCUCGCCUCAGGGUCUCACCCGAUUCGCUUCAGUACGAGCCCGGCUACCUCGGGGCCGUCCCGGACCGGUCACGCUCCGAUGGCGGCAGCGACAGCGACGCCAUGCUCACCGCCAUGGCCAAUAUACUCUCUGCGAAGGUUUAUGAUGUCGCCAUUGAGUCCCCUUUGCAAUUGGCGCCAAAGCUUUCUGAAAGAAUUGGGGUUAACCUUUGGCUCAAGAGGGAGGAUUUGCAACCCGUUUUCUCAUUUAAGCUCCGAGGAGCUUACAAUAUGAUGGUUAAACUUCCAAAGGAGCUCUUGGAAAAAGGGGUUAUCUGCUCAUCAGCUGGAAAUCAUGCUCAGGGAGUUGCAUUAGCUGCCAAGAGAUUGAAUUGCAAUGCCGUGGUUGCAAUGCCCGUUACCACUCCAGAUAUUAAGUGGAAAUCUGUGGAGAAGCUGGGUGCGACAGUUGUCCUUAUUGGGGAUUCAUAUGAUGAGGCACAAGCAUAUGCUAAGAAGCGUGGAAUAGAGGAGGGUCGUACAUUCGUACCUGCUUUUGAUCAUCCUGAUGUCAUCAUGGGUCAGGGAACAGUUGGGAUGGAAAUUAUGCGCCAAAUGGUGGAUCCAGUGCAUGCGAUCUUUGUGCCAGUGGGAGGUGGUGGUCUCAUUGCCGGUAUUGCUGCUUACGUGAAGACGGUUUCUCCACAGGUGAAGAUCAUUGGUGUGGAGCCUACUGAUGCCAAUACAAUGGCAUUGUCACUACAUCAUGACCAAAGAGUGAUUUUGGACCAGGUUGGAGGAUUUGCAGAUGGUGUGGCUGUUAAAGAGGUUGGUGAAGAAACUUUUCGCUUAUGCAAGGACUUGAUAGAUGGCGUUGUACUUGUAAACCGUGAUUCAAUAUGUGCAUCAAUAAAGGACAUGUUUGAGGAAAACAGGAGCAUAUUGGAACCAUCUGGUGCUCUUGCUCUUGCUGGAGCUGAGGCAUACUGCAAGUAUUAUGGGAUCAAGGGGGGAAAUGUUGUAGCAAUAACUUCCGGGGCAAACAUGAAUUUUGAUAAACUUCGGGUGGUAACUGAACUUGCUAAUGUUGGUCGUAAACAGGAGGCUGUGCUGGCAACUGUUAUGCCAGAGGAGCCAGGCAGUUUCAAACAGUUUUGUGAAUUGGUAGGGCAGGCCAAUAUCACGGAAUUCACAUACAGAUUUACUUCCAGCGACAAAGCUGUUGUCCUUUACAGUGUUGGGGUUCACACAGUCUCAGAUCUUAGCGCGAUGAAGGAGAGAAUGAAGUCUUCUCAUCUUAAAACUCAUGAUCUCACAGAAAAUGACUUGGUUAAAGAUCACUUACGUUACAUGAUGGGAGGCCGAUCAGAUGUUGAGAACGAGGUACUUUGUCGUUUCAUCUUCCCAGAAAGACCCGGAGCUUUGAUGAAAUUCUUGGACUCCUUCAGUCCACGUUGGAACAUCAGUUUAUUCCAUUAUCGUGGAGAGGGUGAGACCAGAGCAAAUAUCUUGGUUGGAAUACAGGUUCCCAGAACUGAGAUGGAUGAAUUCCACGAGCGCGCUAAUAGGCUUGGGUAUGAAUAUAAAGUGGUGAAUGAUGAUGAUGACUUCCAGCUUUUAAUGCAUUGAUUAUCGUAGGCAUUUGCCAUUAAUUAUGGUGUAUUAUAUCUUGAUUAGAGGAAAUAGCACGUUUAACUUGGUGCAGCACUAAGUGCUGUUUCUACAAGGUUUUUUUAUGAUUAUUGGAGAUAAUUGACAUGCCUAGCGUUGUUAAUUGGUCGUUUAUCUCUAUAAUACAAACACCCUCGUUUGCUGAA